GGAAACAACAUAAAAUAGUCCAGAAAAAUGACUGGCCGUGGUAAAGGAGGAAAGGGACUGGGCAAAGGAGGAGCCAAGCGUCAUCGUAAGGUUCUGCGUGAUAACAUCCAGGGAAUCACAAAGCCCGCUAUCCGUCGUUUGGCUCGUCGUGGGGGAGUGAAGCGUAUUUCCGGUCUCAUCUACGAAGAAACUCGUGGUGUGCUGAAAGUAUUUCUGGAAAACGUUAUCCGAGAUGCUGUUACCUAUACCGAACACGCCAAACGGAAGACGGUUACCGCAAUGGACGUUGUGUACGCUUUGAAACGCCAAGGUCGUACUCUCUAUGUCGCAUUACAUGUCCGCAACCUAGCCUCCGCAAUGGCUCGUACCAAGCAGACCGCGCGUAAAUCCACCGGAGGAAAGGCUCCUCGCAAACAGUUGGCCACUAAAGCUGCUCGUAAAAGUGCUCCAGCUACCGGAGGAGUCAAGAAGCCACAUCGUUAUCGACCAGGAACCGUCGCUUUGCGUGAAAUUCGUCGUUAUCAAAAGUCGACUGAAUUACUGAUUCGUAAGCUUCCAUUCCAACGUUUGGUUCGUGAGAUCGCUCAGGAUUUUAAGACCGAUCUUCGCUUCCAGAGCUCGGCUGUUAUGGCUCUGCAGGAAGCAAGUGAAGCUUAUCUGGUCGGAUUAUUCGAAGAUACCAAUCUGUCCAUUGCUAUAAAAAUGACUGGCCGUGGUAAAGGAGGAAAGGGACUGGGCAAAGGAGGAGCCAAGCGUCAUCGUAAGGUUCUGCGUGAUAACAUCCAGGGAAUCACAAAGCCCGCUAUCCGUCGUUUGGCUCGUCGUGGGGGAGUGAAGCGUAUUUCCGGUCUCAUCUACGAAGAAACUCGUGGUGUGCUGAAAGUAUUUCUGGAAAACGUUAUCCGAGAUGCUGUUACCUAUACCGAACACGCCAAACGGAAGACGGUUACCGCAAUGGACGUUGUGUACGCUUUGAAACGCCAAGGUCGUACUCUCUAUGGUUUCGGAGGUUAAAUGAUAUAAUU